GUCGCCAUCGUCAUCGUUCCGUUCCGUUGUAUUUUUUGUUUCCCUUCUGUUCCCGUGUUCCCGAGUGUCUAUGUGUAUGUGUGUGUGCGCCGGAUUUUAUUGCUCUCGCUCUUUUGUCUUGUUCGUUCCCUUUUCACCUUCUUUCCAUCGGCUUGCCCGUGCCGUUCCGUGCCGCGCCGCUCGGUCCACUGUGUCUCUGUCGUCACCGUCACCGUCCCCCCGACUGUGCUACAAAUACGCGUAUAACAAUUUUAUGUGUGGUGCAAAAAUAAAGAAAAAGUGAAACAAAUGAAAAUUAUACACACUCGCUGAGCGUGGUGCAUAGAUUUAUAUGUGAAUAAAACAUAAACUAAAUGAGCGUCGUGCCAUAUAGUCGUUGUGGUGGGGCGUGGGGAAUCGGUAUCGGAAUCGAGAGAGAGUGCGAAGAAAAGGGAAAAAAGAGUGCAUAAAGAAACGACGAGUGUGGAAGAAGAGGAAGAAACGGCAAUAAAUGUGAUCAAAUUGUAAUAGAAUGUGAAAAUAUAUAAGCACAUACACAUCCAUACUCACACACAGAGCCACGUAUGUGUGUGCAGAAAAAUAUGCGGCGUUUAAAAAAGAUGUCCGCUGGCGCGCAAUUGCAGAUGGCCCCACAGAACACUUCGACCCUAAGCCAUCAUCAUCCCAACCAGCAGCCGCAGCAGCCCCAACAGCAGCUGCAGCAGCAGCCCCCACAACAACAGCAGCAGCAGGCUCCCCCACAGCAACAGCAGCAGCAGCAGCAACAUUUUGCCAAUCAUCACAGCUCGCAACAGCAGCAGACGCAACAGGAGCAACAGAAUCCCCAGCAGCAGCAGAUACUGUCACAGCCACACCUGCAGAUCCUCCAGAAGCAUCCGCAUCAAUUGCUGCCCCCACACCAACUGCACCCGCAACAGCAACAACAGCAGCAGCAGCAGCAUUUCCACCAGCAAUCCCUGAGUCUUCACCAGCAGCACCAGCAACAACAGCAGGUGGCAGCGGUAGCAGCGGCUGGGGGCAGCAGCAAUCCCGACUCGAAUAUGAGCACUGGCUCCUCGCACAGCGAGAAGGAUGUCAACGAUAUUCUGGGCGGAGCAGGAGCCGCAGCAGCAGCGGCAGCAGCAGCAGCAGCAGCGGCGGCGGGCAUCGGUCUGUCCGUGCAGCAGUGCUCCAGUUUUCAACCGACUCUCGGGAUGCAGCACUCGAACAACGGAGGCGUUGGCGUUGGCGUUGGAGGGGCCAAUGAUAUGUACAUAACGACGGCGUCGGCGACCACCACCACCACACCGGUGAAGCCGCGCACGCCUGCCGAGCGGAAGCGCAAACGAAAGAUGCCACACAAUGCGGAAGAUGCGAGUGGUGCGGGUGGUGGCGGCUCGGGCGGAGCCGUGAACAACAGCAGCGGGCUGGGGGGAAGCCUAAAGGGCAAGUCCCUGCCCUUUCGUGAUAUGUCCAAGGUGACCAUGAGCCUCGGUCUGGGCGACCGCCUCAGUGGGACGAGCGUCCCAGGCGGCUCCGGUGGCGCUGGAGGCAUCUCCAGUGGUGCCGGUGGCGUCGGUGUCGGUGGUGGCAGCUCCAGCUCUGGCACAGGAGCGGGCGGCAAGAGUGCGCGCCUGAUGCUCACCGGCGGCGACAACAAGAAGAUCAACGACUACUUCAACAAGCAGCAGUCGGGCGUUGGAGUGGGUGUGGGCGUGGGCGUUGGUGUGGGAGUGGGCGUUGGAGCGGGAGGUAAUUCUGCGGCAUUACGCGGCACCCACACUGGCAGCAAGUCACCCUCAUCCGCCCAGCAGCAGCAGCAGCAGCAGACCACCCAACAGCAGCAGCAGCAACAGCAGCAGCCGACUGUGUCUGUUGCCUCGGGAGGAGUGCCCGCCUCCAGUGUCCAGGUGCAGGUGCAGACCAGCCAGGUGCAAACGAGCAGCGCAUACUCCCUGUAUCCCGCUAGUCCACAAACGCAGGUGGCGCCCAGCCAAGUGCAGCAGCAGCAACAGCAGUCCGGAGCUGACUUCCACUAUGUCAACUCCAGCAAGCAGCAGCAGCAGCAGCGCCAGCAGCAGCAGCAGCCACAGACUUCCAAUCAAAUGGUUCCUCCGCAUGUGGUCGUCGGCCUGGGGCACGCCCUCAGUCUGGCCUCCAUUCAGCCGCCCCUCAUCCAGACGCAAUCGCAGUCGGCCCAAACCCAACAGCAGCAGCAGCAACAGCUCGGGCCACCCGCCACAUCGACGGCCAGCGGCCCAGGCGGAGUGGCCGUUGUGGCCUCACAUCCCCACCAGCUUAGCUCUCUGGGCGUUGGCGGCAUGGGUGUGGGCGUGAGUGUUGGUGUUGGCGUGGGUCCGCCCUUGCCACCGCCACCGCCAAUGCCCGCCACGAUCACGUACAGCAAGGCGACACAGACGGAGGUGUCGCUGCACGAGCUGCAGGAGCGGGAGGCCGAGCAUGAGUCGGGGAAGGUGAAGCUGGACGAGAUGACAAGACUGUCGGAUGAGCAGAAGUGCCAGAUACUGGGUAACCAGAAGACGAUCGACCAGCACAAGUCGCACAUUGCCAAGUGCAUCGAUGUCGUGAAGAAGCUGCUCAAGGAGAAGAGCAGCAUCGAGAAGAAGGAGGCGCGCCAGAAGUGCAUGCAGAAUCGCCUGAGGCUGGGACAGUUUGUUACACAGCGAGUGGGCGCCACAUUCCAGGAGAACUGGACGGACGGUUAUGCGUUCCAGGAGUUGAGCCGACGGCAGGAGGAAAUCACCGCUGAGCGCGAGGAGAUCGAUCGCCAGAAGAAACAGCUGAUGAAGAAGCGUCCGGCGGAGUCCGGACGCAAGCGGAACAACCAGAACAGCAACCAGAACAACCAGCAGCAGAAUUCCAAUUCCAAUGAUUCCUCCCAGCUAACCGGCGGCGGCGGCGGUGGCCCCGGCGGCAGUGAUCGCCUUGGUGGUGGUGGCGGUGGUGCCGCUGGCAGCGUUGACAGCGGCUUGGGUGGCCAAAAUUCUGGCGCUCUUGGCGGUGGCGCCGGUGGUGGCGGCGGUGUCGGCGGUGGUGGCGGCGGUGGCGGCGGAGGUGGCAGCGGACGCGGCCUCUCACGCUCCAAUUCCACGCAGGCCAAUCAGGCCCAGCUCCUGCACAAUGGCGGUGGCGGCUCUGGCGGCAAUGUGGGCGCCAAUAGUGGCGUGGGCGAUCGCCUGUCAGACCGUGGCGGCGGAGGCGGCCUGGGAGGCAACGACAGCGGCAGCUGCUCCGAUUCGGGCACGUUCCUCAAGCCCGAUCCCGUCUCGGGGGCAUACACAGCGCAGGAGUACUACGAAUACGAUGAGAUCCUCAAGCUGCGACAAAACGCCCUCAAGAAGGAGGAUGCCGAUCUGCAGCUGGAGAUGGAGAAGCUCGAGCGGGAGCGUAACCUUCACAUACGUGAACUAAAGCGGAUACUCAAUGAGGAUCAGUCCCGCUUCAACAAUCAUCCCGUGCUGAAUGAUCGAUAUCUGCUGUUGAUGUUGCUGGGCAAGGGCGGCUUCUCCGAGGUGCACAAGGCCUUCGACCUCAAGGAGCAACGCUAUGUCGCAUGUAAGGUGCACCAAUUAAACAAGGAUUGGAAGGAGGAUAAGAAAGCUAAUUAUAUCAAACACGCCUUGCGGGAAUACAACAUUCACAAGGCAUUGGAUCAUCCGCGCGUCGUGAAGCUCUAUGAUGUGUUUGAGAUUGAUGCGAAUUCGUUUUGCACCGUACUCGAGUAUUGCGAUGGCCAUGAUCUAGACUUUUAUCUGAAGCAACAUAAGACUAUACCCGAGCGUGAAGCACGCUCGAUAAUAAUGCAGGUUGUAUCUGCACUCAAGUAUCUGAAUGAGAUUAAGCCACCGGUUAUCCAUUACGAUCUGAAGCCUGGCAAUAUACUGCUGACGGAGGGCAAUGUCUGUGGCGAGAUCAAGAUCACCGAUUUUGGCCUCUCCAAGGUGAUGGAUGAUGAGAACUAUAAUCCAGAUCAUGGCAUGGAUCUAACCUCCCAGGGAGCGGGCACAUAUUGGUAUCUGCCACCCGAAUGUUUUGUUGUGGGCAAAAAUCCACCAAAAAUCUCAUCGAAAGUGGAUGUAUGGAGUGUCGGUGUGAUAUUCUAUCAGUGUCUGUAUGGCAAGAAGCCCUUCGGUCAUAAUCAAUCGCAGGCCACAAUCCUAGAGGAGAAUACCAUACUGAAAGCCACCGAAGUGCAGUUCUCCAAUAAGCCAACCGUUUCGAACGAGGCAAAGAGCUUCAUACGUGGCUGUUUGGCAUAUCGUAAGGAGGAUCGCAUGGAUGUGUUUGCAUUGGCCAGGCAUGAGUAUAUCCAGCCACCGAUACCGAAGCACGGUAGGGGCUCACUCAAUCAACAGCAGCAGGCACAGCAGCAGCAACAGCAGCAGCAGCAACAACAGCAGCAGCAGUCAUCGACAUCGCAGGCCAAUUCAACCGGCCAGACAUCGUUCUCAGCCCACAUGUUUGGAAAUAUGAAUCAGUCCAGCUCAUCCUAGCUGCCAACUAAACGCAAUUCCAAUUCAUAAUUCGCCGCCGCCGCCGCAGCAGCAGCAGCAGCAGCCGCCACAGCCACAGCCACAGCCGCACAACAGCAACAGCAACAGCAGCAGCAGCAGCAGC